AUCCGUCCGCUUGUCGGCUUGCCAGUCCACCCGCAGCAUGAGCGGCCUGCGCGUCUACAGCACGUCGGUCACCGGCUCCCGCGAAAUCAAGUCCCAGCAGAGCGAGGUGACCCGCAUCCUGGAUGGGAAGCGCAUCCAGUACCAGCUAGUGGACAUCUCCCAGGACAACGCCCUGCGGGAUGAGAUGCGAGCCUUGGCGGGCAACCCCAAGGCCACCCCACCCCAGAUUGUCAACGGGGACCAGUACUGUGGGGACUAUGAGCUUUUCGUGGAGGCUGUGGAACAAAACACACUGCAGGAGUUCCUGAAACUGGCCUGAGCCCACCGGACUCCAUCACCACGUCCCCCUGCAGCCACCGCCGGCCAUGAAGGACCUUGUGACCAACUCCCUGUCAUUCCUAGCCUUCCGACCUUGGAAUCUCUCCCCGCAACCCAAGCCCCCCUCCUCCCCCUCUCUAAUUUAGCCCCCUCUUCUCCCAUUCAAAGGCAACAUUCCUUACCCACUAGCCUCAGAAAUUGUCUUAAGCAACAGCCCAAGUGCUGGCUGUUGUCAGCCAGGCCCUGAGGCUGCCACCCUGCCUGGCACUGGCUGAUGGGCACCUUUGUGGGUUCCAUUAGCCAGGGCUCUGCCAAAGGCCCCGCAUUCCUUGUCCCCUAGAGACAAUUAAAUGUCCCAUUCCACUGA